CGAGCGUGCUGGGCAAGCAAUGUCUCUGUCGAUGACUACGUGGUUGUGAGUGGUCCUACAGGAAUAGGUGCAUACGUGGUAUGGAAUUGUACUAUCGAAACGUUCAAAGGUGGCAGUAUUACUCUUCGCAAAAGAUACUCUGAAUUUGAUACGCUCAGGCAGAACCUUGUGAAAGCAUUUCCUCUCUCCGAAGCCUCUAUUCCAGAGCUACCGCGGAAGAGCCUUGUUUCACGGUUCCGAACCAAGUUCCUUGAGCAAAGGAGGGCAGGUCUUGCCCAUUUUCUCACAUGCAUUCUUCUCAACCCACAGUUCUCACGAUCCCCAAUCGUUACGGAGUUCAUA